UGUGAGGGAGAGAGAGAGAGAGAGGAGAGGAGACAGGCGAGAGAGGAGUGUGAGGGAGGGAGAGAGAGAGAGAGAGGGUAAAGCAGUGCCAGAAAGCCAGAGGAGGGAGGAGUUGAGAGAGACAGAGAGAGUAAAGGAGUGUCAGAAAGCCAGAGGAGGGAGGAGUUGAGAGAGACAGAGAGAGUAAAGCAGUGUCAGAAAGCCAGAGGAGGGAGGAGUUGAGAGAGACAGAGAGAGUAAAGGAGAGUGUCAGAAAGCCAGAGGAGGGAGCGGAUACAGAGAAUGAGGGAGGGGUAGAGGAGGAGGAGGAGUUAGUGUGUGAACGAUGAAGGGAUAGCCUUGAUGAAAUCAACAGCUUGUUCACUGGUCGGACUUUCCCAAGACUGCAUGGUGGUCUGCACGUCUCACACACUCCCCAUCGGACACACGCACGGCUGUAGCCGGGACUAACGACACACACCACGGGUAGAUGAAGAAGCAGAGAAGAUGACGUUGUUUGGGCUGGACUGUGCCAAGAAGAAAGAGAGAGAGUUGGAGAGGAAACUGAGGGCAAACGACAGAGAGCAUAACCUCUCCUUCAGAUAUGCGACCAAUGCCAUUAAGACGUCCAAAUACAACGCGUUCACCUUCCUGCCCCUCAACCUCUUCGAACAGUUCCAGAGAAUAGCCAACGCUUACUUCCUCAUUCUGCUGCUACUCCAAGUGAUUCCUGCCAUCUCCUCUCUGUCCUGGUUCACGACCGUAGUCCCUCUGGUCCUGGUGCUGUCUGUGACGGCUGCUAAAGAUGCCACCGAUGACAUAAACCGCCACAGGAGUGAUAACCAGGUGAACAACAGGAAGGUCACAGUGCUCAUGGAUGGAGAACUACGGAGUGAGAAAUGGAUGGCCGUUCAGGUUGGCGACAUCAUCAAACUGGAAAACAACCAGUUUGUUACGGCAGACUUGUUGCUGCUCUCUAGUAGUGAACCUCUCAACCUGGUCUACAUAGAGACUGCUGAACUGGAUGGAGAGACCAAUCUAAAAGUGAAGCAGGCUCUGACAGUAACAGGAGACAUGGGAGACAAGAUCCACAGCCUGGCUGCUUUCAAUGGGGAGGUGCGCUGUGAGCCACCCAACAACCGGCUGGACCGUUUCACAGGAACAUUGACAAACGCUGGUCAGAAAUACUCUCUGGACAACAACAAGAUCCUGCUGAGGGGCUGCACCCUCAGGAACACAGAGUGGUGCUUCGGACUGGUGCUGUUCGGAGGUCCAGAGACUAAACUGAUGCAGAAUUGUGGGAAGACCACGUUCAAGAGGACCAGCAUCGACCGCCUGAUGAACGUGCUCGUCCUUUGUAUCUUUGGCUUCCUGGCGUUCAUGUGCAUGAUCCUGGCCAUCGGCAACCGGAUCUGGGAGCAACGCUGGGGGUCAGAGUUCACGGCCUUCCUGCCCAGACAGGACGGAGUCGACACUCCCUUCUCCUCCUUUCUCACCUUCUGGUCCUACGUUAUCAUCCUCAACACCGUCGUACCCAUCUCCCUCUACGUCAGUGUGGAGGUCAUCCGUCUGGGCAACAGUUUCUACAUCGACUGGGACAGGAAGAUGUACCAUGCCCGUAGUGACACCCCGGCCAAGGCCCGGACCACCACGCUGAACGAGGAGCUGGGUCAGAUCAAAUACAUCUUCUCGGACAAGACCGGAACACUCACUCAGAACAUCAUGAUCUUCAACAAGUGUUCCAUCAACGGGAAGAGCUACGGAGAUGUAUUUGACUACACUGGCCAGAGAUUGGAGAUCAACGAGCACACAGAGACAGUGGACUGGUCCUUCAACCCUCUUGCUGACCAUCAAUUCUCCUUCCAUGACCACUCCCUGGUGGAGGCUGUAGAGCUGGAGAAUGUGGAGGUCCACUCCUUCUUCAGAACACUGGCCCUCUGUCACACUGUUAUGGCUGAGGAGAAGACAGAGGGUGAGUUGCUGUACCAGGCCCAGUCACCUGACGAAGGUGCUUUGGUAACCGCAGCGCGCAACUUUGGCUUCGUGUUCCGCUCGCGCACGCCAGAGAGCGUCACUAUCGUAGAGAUGGGAAAACAACGCAGCUACGAGCUGCUCGCCAUCCUCGACUUCAACAACGUCCGCAAGAGGAUGUCCGUCAUCGUGCGGAGUCCAGAGGGGAAGCUGUGUCUGUAUUGUAAAGGAGCAGACACCAUGGUCUAUGAGAGGCUGCACCAGUCCUGUACCAAGCUGAUGGACGUCACCACUGAACACCUCAACGAGUAUGCUGGUGAGGGCCUGCGGACCCUGGCUUUGGCCUAUAAGGACUUGGAUGAGGAGUAUUUUAGCAGGUGGAAACAGCGCCACCAUGAGGCCAGCACAGCCCUGGAGGACCGAGAGGACAAGCUAGACCUGCUCUAUGAGGAGAUAGAGAAAGACCUGGUGUUGCUGGGGGCUACAGCCAUAGAGGAUAAGCUCCAGGAUGGUGUGCCACAGACCAUCGAGCAGCUCGCCAAAGCUGACAUCAAGAUCUGGGUGCUCACCGGCGACAAACAGGAGACAGCGGAGAACAUUGGCUACUCGUGCAACAUGCUGCGUGAGGAGAUGAACGACAUCUUCAUCGUGUCGGCCAACAACCCGGAUGAUGUCAGACAGGAACUGAGGAAUGUAUUGAGCACCAUGAAACCAGGUGCAGAGGAGGAGGCCAUCUUCAUGCCAGAGAGGACGCUGGGUAACAAGCCGAAGGUGGUCAGGGACGAGGAGGUGAACGGGGAGUACGGGCUGGUCAUCAACGGACACAGUCUGGCCUAUGCCCUGGAGCAUAGCAUGGAGCUGUUGUUCCUGCGUGCAGCCUGUCUGUGUAAGACAGUGAUCUGCUGUAGAGUGACACCACUACAGAAAGCCCAGGUGGUUGAGCUGGUCAAGAAAUACAAACAGGCUGUCACUCUGGCCAUAGGAGACGGGGCCAAUGACGUCAGCAUGAUUAAAGCUGCUCAUAUAGGUGUAGGUAUAAGCGGUCAGGAGGGUAUGCAGGCGGUCCUGUCCUCAGACUACUCCUUCGCUCAGUUCCGCUUUCUCGAGCGCCUCCUGCUGGUCCACGGUCGCUGGUCCUACCUGAGGAUGUGUAAAUUCCUGCGCUACUUCUUCUACAAGAACUUCACCUUUACCUUCGUUCACUUCUGGUACGCCUUCUUCUGCGGCUUCUCAGCACAGACGGUCUAUGACGAGUGGUUCAUCACUCUGUAUAACCUGGUCUACACGGCACUUCCUGUACUGGGCAUGAGUCUGUUUGACCAGGAUGUGAAUGACAUUUGGAGUUUCCAGCACCCCAAUCUGUACGUUCCAGGCCAGCUGAAUCAGUACUUCAGUAAGACAGCCUUCUUUAAGUGUGCCCUCCACAGUGUCUACAGCUCUGUAGUGCUGUUCUUCAUCCCCUACGCUGCCAUGUAUGACACGGUCCGAGACGACGGGCGAGACAUUGCUGACUACCAGUCCUUCGCCCUGCUGGCACAGACCUGUCUGGUCAUCACCGUCUGUAUACAGCUGUGUCUGGACAUGUCCUACUGGACAGCAGUCAACCAGUUCUUUGUGUGGGGGAGUCUGGCCAUGUACUUUGUUGUCACCUUCAGCAUGUACAGUAAUGGCACGCAUAUCACCUUCCCUGCAUCCUUCCCCUUCAUCGGCACAGCCAGGAACUCCCUGAACCAGCCCAACGUGUGGCUGACCAUCCUGCUCACCUCCAUCCUCUGUGUUCUUCCUGUGGUUGCCUACCGCUUCCUGUUGAUACAGCUCCGCCCCACUAUCAACGACAAGGUGAUGUUCAAGGUGAGACAGGCCAAGGCCACGCCCCCUCUCCCAGCACGACGAGCCAGGAUGCGGCGUACCAGCUCCCGCCGCUCCGGAUACGCCUUCUCGCACGCACAGGGCUACGGGGACCUGGUGACGUCCAACCAUUUCCUGCGCCGUCCCGCCAUCACGCGCUCCACCGCUUUCACCCCUCUGGGGCGCACCACGGGGUUCAGCCCCAUGGGCCGCUCGGCAGGAUACAGCCCCACAGGGAACGCUCUGAACUCCAGACCACAGGAGGUGGAGGUGACAUCACUACAGAUGUACCGGAUGGUGCGAGACUCCGCCUUCUGAAGAACUGCACAGUGCGAGAUCCUGACUUCUGAAGAACUGCACAGUGCGAGACCCCGCCUUCUGAAGAACUGCACAGUGCGAGACCCCUCCUUCUGAGGGAAGAGAGGAAGAGGAUGUGGAGGAGUUGUUGUUUACAGAGGACCAAAUCAGUGGGUGUGAUAUGUAAAAAAUAUAUAUCCUAAACAUUGACACAUACUGUAACUGUACACACACAAAUCUCUAUGACGACUGACUUGUCGAAACGUUCCAAAGACAGGCCCUCGUAUCUGAUUGGUCACACUCUCUUUCCCCCCGCUUCAUUGCCUCUCCUGUUCCAAUCAAUGGCCUUGUGUUCCAUCAGGACUGUUGUCAUGGGGAAACAAACCUCUCCUGUUCCAAUCAUUGGCCUUGUGUUCCAUCAGGACUGUUGUCAUGGGGAAACAAACCUCUCCUGUUCCAAUCAAUGGCCUUGUGUUCCAUCAGGACUGUUGUCAUGGGGAAACAAACCUCUACUGUUCCAAUCGUUGGCCUUGUGUUCCAUCAGGACUGUUGUCAUGGGGAAACAAACCUCUCCUGUUCCAAUCAUUGGCCUCGUGUUCCAUCAGGACUGUUGUCAUGGGGAAACAAACCUCUCCUGUUCCAAUCAUUGGCCUUGUGUUCUAUCAGGACUGUUGUCAUGGGGAAACAAACCUCUACAGGUCAACUGUAUGCUAUAUUGUCUGUCAACUGAGGAUAAACUAUUACACUAUACUACAGUAUUACUCAGUGCUGUGACCCCAUAGGAUCGUAUACUACACUGUGACUCUGUACUCAGUGCUGUGACACCAUAGGAUCGUAUGACUCUGUACUCAGUGCUGUGACACCAUAGGAUCGUAUGACUCUGUACUCAGUGCUGUGACACCAUAGGAUCGUAUGACUCUGUACUCAGUGCUGUGACACCAUAGGAUCGUAUGACUCUGUACUCAGUGCUGUGACACCAUGGGAUCGUAUGACUCUGUACUCAGUGCUGUGACACCAUGGGAUCGUAUGACUCUGUACUCAGUGCUGUGACACCAUGGGAUCGUAUGACUCAUGGGCUCUUCAAGGAAUCGAAAGCAUUCCACAAGAAUGCUGGUCCAUGUUGACUCCAUUGCUUCCCACAGUUGUGUCAAAUUGGCUGGAUGUCCUUUGGUUGGUGGACCAUUCUUGAUACACAUGGGAAAAUGUUAAGCAUGAAAAACCCAGCAGCGUUGCAGUUCUUGACACAAACAGAUGCACCUGGCACCUACUACCAUACCCUGUUCAAAUGCACUUAAAUAUUUUGUCUUGCCCAGUCACCCUUUCAAAGACACACAUUCACAAUCCAUCUCAAUUGUCUCAAGGCUUAAAAAUCCUUCUUUAACCCGUCUUCUCCCCUUAAUCUACACUGAUUGAAUUGACGUCAAUAAGGGAUCAUAGUUUUCACUUGGAUUCACCCAGUCAGUCUGUGUCGUGGAAAUAGCAGGUGUUCUUAAUGUUUUGUCCACUCAGUGUAUACUACAGUAUGACUUUGUACUGUGACGCCAUAGGAACGCACUAAACCAAAGACCAGACCAAACCUCUCAGAGUCAUGGGCUUUAUUCCUUCUUCUAUCCUCACCAACAACAAGCCCUCUCUUCUCCCACUGUGAUAAUACCAGUCUACAAUCACACAGGUGUAGAGAUGUACUGUACACUCCAACACUAACCAUGGAGGGAGUUGGUAGGAUGUAUACCUUUCCUGUCUCUGGUCCACACUCUAUUCCAGUUGGUGGCGGUAAUGCACCUAAAUGUUGGUUGCCAACCUUUAUACAAAAUCCACAGAAGAAGAUUGUGGGAGGUAAGCUGGAGGCUAUCACCAGCAAAAUCCUGAUUGUAUGGACAAGUGAUUUUGCCCUUUACACCAUGGAAUGUAUUUUUUUGUAUAUAUAUAUAUAUAUAUAUAUAUAUAUAUACACAUUUAGCUGAAAAACUAACUAUGGACUUGAUCCAGUGAUGUUAGACAUUUUUUUAUUUUUUAUAGAGGAAAUAGAAGAUCUAGCUUCUGUUCAGUGUUGUUCAUCCAAGGGCUGAAUACGUUUUCAUCCUGAAUGGGAUAGUGAAAUGGUUAGCAUGCUAUCCAUUAGCCUGUGGACCACCUCAUCCUGAAUGAGAUAGUAUCAUGGUUAGCACGCUAGCCGUUAGCCUGUGGAGCAGCUAUAUCUCAAUGGGAGAGUGACAUGGUUAGCACGCUAGCCGUUAGCCUGUGGAGCAGCUAUAUUUCAAUGGGAGAGUGACAUGGUUAGCAUGCUAGCCGUUAGCCUGUGGAGCAGCUAUAUCUCAAUGGGAGAGUGACAUGGUUGGCAUGCUAGCUUCUAGCCUGUGGAACGGCUAUAUCUCAAUGGGCGAGUGACAUGGUUAGCAUGCUAUCUGUUAGCCUGUUUAGCGGCUGUACUUGAUGUCGGGCCGGUCGGUGCUAUAGUAAAGUGUUACCCCAGUGGGCAUACACUGGUUGAAUCAACAUUGUGUCAAUGUCAUUUGUCAACAUAUUGUGACGUGGAAUCUACGUAGAAAACACAUAUUGGAGUGGAUUUGGAAUAUGUCCCCAACUAGUACUGUUUUCAUCUAAUUUCAACCAUUGAAAUUAGGGUAAUUUAAAUACUAUGAUUUAACCUGACUAACAGGUUGUUUCCUUAAUCUAAUAAUCGUCAUCACUUUAUAUUUAGAACUAGCGUAAAAAACUGCACGUAGAUAUGUAAAACAUUUGUUAUCCUAUAGACUAUAUAUUGGGUGGUUGAAAUUGUUUAAUUUCAUAUUUGAUUAGACAUAUUUGACCUGGUUUCAAUGUUGAUAGUUAAAUGGUAUAUUUGAAUCAACAUCAUUGUUUUAAUGCAAUGCCAUCAACCUAAAUAAAGCGGUAUAUUGAAAUAAAAAGUGAAGCCACAGUCCAACAAUUCUUGCCUGAACAGUGACUCCUACUGGUAUACAAGGGGUACUACACUUCAGUGAGAACAAGUCUAGCUUCCAGGGGACUACCUCUAUGUACCCUGCUUCGUUUUGGAAACCAGCUGUGUUCGUUUCAACUGAACUAUCACGUCAACACAUGUAUACAUUGAUCAGCUUCCAUACUCAUUUGCGUAGACUACCUAAAUAACAUUGGAAAGUUGAAAGUAACUUUUUCUGACACAAUCUGUAUGUUUACAUUUGAGUAAUUUAACAGACUCUCUUAUCCAGAGCAAUUUACAGCAGUGAGUGCACACAUUUUUGUGCAUGCACAGUGCAUUCGGGAAAGUAUUCAGACCCUUGACUUUUUCCACAUUUUGUUACGUCAAAGCCUUAUUCUAAAAUUGAUAAAAUCAAUGUUUUUCCUCAUCAAUCUACACAAAAUACCACGUAAUGACAAAGAGGGAAAACUUAUUUUUAAAUGUUUGCAAAUGUAUUAAAAAUAAAGCUUUUGAAAUGG